UUAUUCAGAAUAACGAAACAAUUCUGACCCCAGACAUUUCAGGGUUAACAUACUCAGAGUUUUCACUUAACCUCCUUUCUGAAACAGGCCCCAGGUGUCAUUGGUUUAUGAAAACAAAGAGCUUUAUUACAAACGCGACAGCGACUACAAAAAUGGCGAUCAUAUAUUUCUUCUUCUUCUGUGUGUCAGAAGCCUAAAUGUACACAAGCGCCACCUUGUGUCUCAGAGUAUUUCUGUUAUUCAUUGCACCGUCUAAUAUCAGGGAGUGAAUUUGCACUUUCAUUCUGCUGAAAAUCUCCUGAAAAUCUCCUGAAAAUCUCCUGAAAAUCUCCUGGAUAUAAACUUCGAGAAACGUCCCGACUGAAGGAAUAAUAAUCAACUGUCAUUCAGAGAUGUUUAUUCGUUUGAUGCUGCUCACUGUUUACUUUAUGGCAUCUGAGUCAGAGAGUUUACAGGUUAUUGGUCCAGAAGCUCCUCUUGUUGCUGUAGCUGGUGAAGAUCUGGUUCUGCCCUGUUUUAUCAAACCCAACACCAGUGCUGUGGACAUGACAGUGGAGUGGUUCAAACUCCAUGUAAAGUACUCAUUAGUGCAUCUCUAUAGGGAUCAUGAAGAUAAAAAUGAAGGUCAGGCUCAGUCCUAUAGAGGAAGAACAUCACUGUUUAAAGAGGAGCUACAGAAAGGCAACACUUCACUCAAACUCUCAGAUCUCAGAGUCUCUGAUGAAGGAGAAUAUAAGUGUCUUGUUGAGGACAAAUCCGGGUCCGAUGACAUCAUUGUGAAGGUCAUUGUAGAGGUUCAGGGGAGCCACCCAGUGAUAAGGAUGGAGAGUUUUGGUAACUCAGGAGGGAUUACUCUAGUGUGUGAGUCCAGAGGCUGGAAACCUGAACCUCGUGUUCUGUGGCUGGACACAAACGGAGACAAUCUGACUGCUGAAGAUAUACAGAUACACAGAGACACUGAGACCUUCAGUGUGAAAAGCCGCAUCACUGUUUAUGGUUAUAGCGGCUCUAACAGGUUUUACUGCAGACUUCAGCAAAAACAUCACACGCUGGAGACAGACAUUAUCAUCGAUAGUAAAAUCUUUGAUGCUUGGAAGUGGAUUGUUGGGAUUUCAGUUUCAGCAUGUGUUAUUGCUGUUGGAUUGAUCAUAACUGCAGUUGUUUGUUACAAGAAAGGUCAGAAAUCAAAUGGCGGACAGCUCUCCGUAUCCGGACAGAGUGACGGGUCUGCCCAGACCCGUUAAAAUUCUAAUAUUAUCUUAUUAAGCAUCUCCUUAUUAUAAUCCAAUAUUAUAAGAUUAUAAGCUCUUUGAUAUUAAUAAAAAGAUAAAUGUUUCGUUCAUACGCAGUUAAUAGUUAUUACGACAGGAGCCUGCAAUCAAAAGCCAAGCCAAAAACAGAUUGUUUCUGUUCCAUACUCCAGAGCAGAAGGUGGCAGUAAUGCGCCUAAUUAUGUUGGCAGGACAAUUAAUAUCCAAACUGCAGGCAUGACAGUUACAUGCCCAUUUCUCUCACUAGGAACGGAAGAUGGAAAGGGAGUAAGGAGAGGUGGAAAGGAGAGAGGGAGCUGCUCAAAGCUCUGCACUUGUCUUUUAUUCAGUAAAUUCUG